UGGGCCACAAGCCAUGCAUGUCGUAAGUACAAGCCCAAAAAUUGCUUUAUGCUUAGAUAAUUAGAGUGCCUUGUGAACUCUCCGAAUUGACAAUUUAGUUCGGUUUGAUCUCUUCUCCCACUUUACCUCAUUGCUCAACCGGUAUUGUGUUUGUAGUUUGUGUUUGUUGCUCUUCUCCAACGUUAAGAGGGACAGAAAGAGGGAAUAGGUUGGUUGAGGAGGACUUCGCUUUGUUUGAUUCAAAACGAUUUAACGUUUUUUUUAUUCCGGCGGUGGUUAGAUCUGCUUAGUGCUGCUUACUUCUCCGGCAUGAAGCGAUUACGGGAUGAUGGUCAUAGCAGCCCUCAAUUUAAGCGGCCUUUCGGUUCUUCGCGUGGAGAAUCAUGUGGACAAUCACAAGCGCCUGUAACUGGAGGGGGUAAUGGUGGACCCGGAGGAAGCAGUGGAGGUGGCAUUGGUGGUAGUGGCAGCAUCCAGAAGCUGACCACCAAUGAUGCAUUAACUUAUCUAAAGGAAGUAAAAGACAUGUUCCAAGACCAGAGGGAGAAGUAUGAUAUGUUUCUUGAUGUUAUGAAAGAUUUUAAGGCCCAAAGAAUCGAUACUGCGGGUGUCAUAGCAAGAGUGAAAGACUUAUUUAAAGGACAUCCAAAUUUAAUUCUUGGGUUUAAUACCUUCUUGCCCAAGGGUUAUGAAAUAACCCUCAAGGAUGAGGAAGAGGUGCCUCAAAAGAGAACAGUAGAGUUUGAAGAGGCUAUAAGCUUCGUGAAUAAGAUAAAAAAGCGCUUCCAAAAUGACGAUCAUGUGUACAAAUCUUUCCUUGAUGUCUUGAACAUGUAUCGGAAAGACAACAAAAGCAUCGCUGAGGUCUACAAGGAGGUUGCUGAUCUUUUUCAUCAACAUCCGGAUUUACUUGAUGAAUUCAUUAAAUUUUUGCCGGAUAAUUCAGCAACAAUAUCAGCUACAAAUCCUUCUCUUGGUCGACAAUCUCUUCAUCGUUUUGAUGAGAGGAGUUCUGCAAUGCCUAUCCAUCGACCGUCACACGUGGACAAGCAACGUCAUCGGCGUGAUCGGAUCAUAGGGCCUUAUGGAGAACGUGACCUUAGCGUUGAGAAACCUGAUGUUGAUGAUGAUAAGGCGUCAAUGAAGCUACAUAAAGAGCAAAAGAGCCGGGAAGAAAAGGAAAAUGGGGAUUGGAGAGAUUAUGAUCAUGAUUAUAGAGAACAUAGGAGUGAUAACAAUGGAGAUAUAAGUGUGCAUAAUCAUAAUGAGAAGAAAAAGUCUGCUCGCAAGGUUGGAGAAUUUGGAGCAAGCAGCACUUUGGCCUCUCAUGACGAUCAAGAUGCCUUGAGAAAUAUGUAUAGUCAGGAAUUCACAUUUUGUGAAAAGGUGAAGGAGAGAUUGCACAGUUCUGCCAGUUACCAGGAGUUUUUGAAAUGCCUUCAUCUUUAUAGCACUGAAAUAAUUACAAGAGCUGACCUACAUCGUUUGAUUAAUGAUAUACUCGGAAGUUAUCCUGAUCUCAUGGAGGGCUUCAAUGGCUUCUUGGAGCGCUGUGAACGAGUUGAUGGUUAUCUUGCUGGGUUUGUGAGCAAAAAACCCAUAUGGACUGAAGGGCACACUUCAAAAUCAGUGAAGGUGGAGGAGAAAGGGAAAGCCCCAAAACGUGAAACGGAUGGUGGUAAGGAGAAGGACCGAAUCAAGGAAAAGUACUGGGGAAAGUCAAUUCAAGAACUUGACCUUUCUAACUGUCAACGUUGCACCCCUAGUUAUCGACUUCUUCCUGAUGAUUACCCAAAACCUGUGGCAAGCCAGAGGUCAGAGCUUGGUGCUCAAGUCUUAAAUGAUCAUUGGGUGUCAGUGACUUCAGGAAGUGAAGACUACUCUUUCAAACACAUGAGGAGAAACCAGUAUGAAGAAAGCUUGUUCAGAUGUGAAGAUGAUAGAUUUGAACUAGAUAUGUUACUGGAAUCUGCGAGUUCAACCAUCAAACGGGUUGAAGAUUUGCUAAAUAGUGGUGUAGAUGGCUAUAUCCGUAUCGAGGAUUACUUUUCAGCCUUGAAUUUAAGGUGUAUUGAACGCCUCUAUGGUGACCAUGGUCUGGAUGUAACUGAAGUUUUGCGCAAAAAUCCAUCUCAUUCAUUGCCUGUUAUACUUACCCGAUUAAAGCAGAAACAAGAAGAGUGGACCAAAUGUCGUUCAGAUUUGAACAAAGUUUGGGCCGAGAUUUAUGCCAAGAACCAUUACAAGUCUCUUGACCAUCGUAGCUUCUAUUUCAAGCAACAAGAUUCCAAGAACCUGAGCACCAAAGCCUUGGUCUCUGAAAUAAAAGAGAUAAAAGAGAAAAACAGGAAAGAAGAUGAUGUGGUCCAUGCUAUUGCUGCUGGCAAUAGGCAUCCCAUAUGUCCAAAUGUUGAGUUAGAAUAUUCUGAUCAUGAAGUCCAUGAAGACCUGUACAAACUCAUAAAGUAUUCAUGUGAAGAGGUUUGCUCAACGAAAGAUCAAUUCAACAAGGUUAUGAGGCUCUGGAUCACUUUCCUUGAACCAAUGCUGCUGGGAGUUCAGUCUCAUUCUCAGGGAUCAUCUGCCAAUGGAAAUGACGUUUCCUCCUCCAAGCACCAUCAUCAUCAUUCUAAAAUCAAUAAUGGGACUAUUGUUGGUGAAAGUGAUGGAAGUCCUAGCAAUGAUGCAACUUUGACAAACUUUAAGCAAUCAAAGAUUAUUUAUAAUGGUGGAGAUGCCAAUGCUUCACCUCAACAAAUUAGUUCUUCAAAGACAGAUGCUUUGGCCCAUGGAGAAGGGUUGACUAAUUCUGAUGCCAUAGCUCUUCUUCAUGUACACUCAGUUGCGGAAUCCAGUUUAGGGUGCACUACAAGGCCUGGUUAUGGCACCAUUGAUGAUGGUCAUGGAUCAAAGUCUAAUAUGAAUGACAUACGAUCAUUAGAGGGUGGUGAAAAUAUCCGAGUUGCUCCUUUGGCAAGCGAAGGAUUUGUACAAGGCUCUAGAAUCAACGGAUAUAGUAAUGAGGUUUCUGUUAAAUACCCCAAAAGUGAAAAGGAAGAGGGCGAGUUAUCCCCAAAUGGCUAUUUUGAAGAAGACAAUUUUGUUGUAUACCCAAACUGCGGUUCACAAGAGAGAAACGGCGGAGAUGCUGAUGACGAAGACAGUGAUAAUGCAUCUGUGGCAGGUGAAGAUGUUUCUGGUAGUGAGUCUGCCGCAGAUGAGUGUUCAAGAGAAGAGGCUGAAGAUGAAGAUGAAGAUGCAGAACAAGAUGAAGUUGAUGCGAAAAGUGAGAGUGAAGGGGAGGCAGAGGAGGGGACAAGUGAAGCACAUUGUCUUGGAGAUGGAUUGUCAUCAUCACCCUUAGCUGAAUGUUUUUUUCAUACUUCAAAGCCUCUAACAAAGCAUGCAGUGGUUGGCUUACCGUGUAUGGGUGGAAAAAAGUUCUCGCGUGUUUUUUACGGGAAUGACUCCUUUUUUGUGCUUUUUAGACUUCACCAGAUACUGUAUGAGAGACUGUUGUUGGCGAAGCUGAAUUCAUCGUCACCUGAUCUCAAGUGGAAAACUGGAAAUGAAAUUAGUUCUGAUCCCUAUGCCAGGUUCAUGAGUUCCUUGUACAGUUUGCUUGACGGAUCUUCUGACAAUGCAAAGUUUGAGGAUGAUUGUCGGUCAAUAAUUGGUAACCACUCAUAUGUUCUUUUUACCUUGGACAAAUUGAUAUACAAGCUUGUCAAACAGCUUCUGGCUGUUUCAAGUGAUGAGAUGGACAAUAAGCUUAUUCAACUGUAUGAAUAUGAAAGAUCAAGGAAGCCUGAUAACUCUGUUGAUGUAGUGUACUAUGAAAAUUCUCAUGUUUUGCUUCACGAGGAGAAUAUUUAUCGUGUUGAAUCUACAUCCUGCCCUCCUGGUAUAUCCAUCCAAUUGAUGGAUGAUGAAAACGAGAGAUCUGAUGUGAUGGCAGUUUCUGUGGACCCCAAUUUUGCUAGUUAUCUUCAUUCGGAAUAUCUUUCAGUAGAGCAUCCUAAAAAGGAGUCCCUUGCUGUGAUACUAAAGAGAAAUAAGAGAAAGUUUUCCAAGCUUGAUGAAUCAUCUGCUCUGUGCAUGGCUAUGAAAAAUGUUACCAUUCUAAAUGGUUUGGAAUGCAAGAUGGCUUGCAGUUCUUCUAAGGUUUCAUAUGUCCUUGAUACGGAGGAUGUCUUUGCCCGGUUUGAGAGGAAAAGAAAGAUCCCAACUGGAUGGCUGCCAACACACAACCGUACUAGAGUUGAACGGUUUCAUAGACUUUUGGAAGCAUCAUUGUGAUUUAUGAGCUUGCUUGAUAGUUAAAAAGCUAGCUGUGGUAAAUUCACUACGAGAGUCGGUUCAAGACUUCAAGCAACUCAAUGUCUCAAUCAUCCAUCUUCUCUACUCCUCAUAAUGGCAUCCAUGUCAUUUUAUUGUAAAUAUAUGGCUUGUCUAUGGUGUAGAUGGUUAGUUAUAGAGCUUUGGUCAAUCGGUUUCAUUUUCCCGGGAUCUUAAAAAAACCAAUUCUUUUUCUUUUUCUUUUCUUUUGUUUUGUUUUUUUACAAGCUAGGAGAGUUUUUCUGUUUUCUAGCAAACAUUUUUUGCUAGAAUGAUGUAAAGUACCCAUUUGGUAAAGAUGGCAGUAAAGCGAUUACUUAGAAUUACUUGUUGCGGAGAUUUUUUU